AGAAGCAACGAAAUCUGAUUUAAUGGCUAUGCGACCAAUUUUUAUUUGUCAAAUGGCGCCCUCGGAAGGUAUUGUUUGCACAUGUUAAUAUUCAGCACUAUACUGUGCGCAUCCUGGUCAAGGGAAAAAAGACCCGAAAAUCUUCAUCAUUGAUUGCAGUAUCGCUCUCAUCUAUUAACGCAUUCCUUCGACAUGUUUUGUAGCUCAAGAUCCACGCUUCAAGCUGGUGUCCAAAUCCAAUUCCUGCGGAAUGUUUCUAGGAAGAUUGCCAUGGUGAACGACGUCCAUCUCUCUAACCGCAGAGUUAUGAAGAAAAUCAAGAUGGGAGCCGCCAGACCAACCAUCUUUCAUCAGUUUGAUACUCUUGUCGAAUUUAGCGACGGAUCUGUCAUCAAAAGAAGAUCUCAAGCACCAAAAGAUGAAAUCCGUCUAAUCAGUGAUCAGAAAAAUAAUGCCUUGUGGAAUCCUAAUCGUUCAGACUUGUCAAACGGUGAUCUUAGUACCACGGGUAGAGUUGGUCUGUUCAUGAAAAAGUUUGCCCAAUUUCAAGAAGAACCUGCGGAGAAUAAAGAGCAACAAACUGAUGGUUUGGUCGAGCUCUUGGGAAACAACGUGACGGAGGUCCAAAAGGGCGGAAGAUUGAGGGAAAAGAGAAGGGGCAAAAAAUAA